CAUUACUUAGCAUUCCUCCCUAUCAAGUGAUACCAUUUUUUUUCCUCUUGCAAGGCCUAUUCAUCCGUCAGGUUGACAUACAACAUAAUGUUAAGUGUGAGAGAGGCCAUGGGAAUAGUUGUUCUCAUUGUCGCGAUGACAAUAUUAAUAUGGGUGGCUGAAGGGCAAGGCCAAGAGUCAUGGGCCAAAAGGGUUGACACAGGCAAGAAAGUGGUAACAACUCUUCAGUUCUACUUCCAUGACACGCCCACUGGACCAAAUCCAAGUGUAGUCCCGAUCGCACAAGCUGCUGGAACCAUCAAUACGACUACCAUGUUUGGAGUUCUGAAUAUGCUUGAUGAUCCACUUACUGUUGGACCUAACCCAACUUCAAAGAUAGUAGGCCGAGCCCGCGGACUGUAUGGAUUCGCUAGUCAAACUGAUUUAAACCUCAUCAUGGUGAUGAGCUUUUGGUUCACGGAUGGUAGCUACAAAGGGAGUUCAUUAAGCCUAUUAAGCUUGAACCCGACAUUAAACCCGGUUCGCGAGAUGGCCAUCAUCGGUGGGACUGGUCUUUUCCGGUUCGGUCGUGGGUAUGCUCUGGCUCACACUUAUUCGCUCAAUCCUACUACUGGUGAUGGAAUUGCUGGAUACAAUAUUACUAUUGUCACAAAUGUUUGAUUUCUACUUCACUGCCAUUGUGUUGGAAUUCUGUGUGCAAAAGCGUGUAUACAAUAUGUCUAAAAUUUCAAUCCCCAAUCAUAUGUUAUGGAAUUAAUCCUGUGAGGGAUUGUAUUCAGAUAAUAUCAUUAUUACUGUUAUAGAAAGACACGACUUUCAUACUAAUAAGGUA